CGCCAGACGCGGCGCCGCGGAAGGAAGGGAAGCGGCGCCGCAGAAGGGAAGCGGCGGCGGCGAGAGCAUGGUGGUCCCCGCUGCCUCCGGCCCGCGCGGGCGCGCGCCCCUCACCGCGGACAAGCUGGCCUGCGAGGCCGACAGCCACGCCGCCCCGCUCGGCGCGGCGUCCCCGGGCGCGGCGGCGGCGGCGGGGCGCGUCCAGCUGCUGCAGGCGGUGGACACGGAGCUCACCGCGGACUCGGUCGAGUGGUGUCCACUGCAGGGCUACCGGCGCCUGCUGGUCUGCGGCACCUACCAGCUGCAGGACCAGCAGGCCGCGGGCAGGCCCCGGGAGCGCGUGGGCCGCCUCUACCUGUUCCGGGUCCCGGAGGGCGGGCCGGACGCCGGCCCCCUGCAGGAGGUGUACCGCAGGGACUCCCAGGCCGUCUUGGACAUGAAAUGGUGCCACAGGCCAGUAGCUGGCCGCCCCACCCUGGGCUUGGUGGACGCCAAUGGGGCUGUGCAGCUGUUCUGUGUGCUGGAGUUUGAGAACUCGUAUGUGCUGCAGCCAGUGUCCCACUGGGCCGCGGAGGAGGAGCAGACUCUGGCCACGUCCCUGGACUGGUCCACGGGGAAGAGGGGGAGCCCGUCCGGCCAGCCCCUGAGCAUCGUCUCCAGCGACGCCAAGGGGCGUCUGCACCUGCUGCACGUGGGGGCGGGGGGCCAGCUGGUGGAGAAGGCCUCCUGGCAGGGCCAUUCCUUUGAGGCCUGGAUCGCUGCUUUCGACUACUGGCACACGGAUGUGGUGUACUCAGGUGGGGACGAUGCUCUUCUGAAGGGCUGGGAUACCAGGAUGGAGGGUGUCCAGGUGUUCAGCAGCAGGAGGCACUUGGCAGGCGUGUGCAGCAUCCAGAGCAGCCCCCAUCGUGAGCAUAUCCUGGCCUCGGGCAGCUAUGACGAACACGUGCUGCUCUGGGACACCCGGGACAUGCGGCAGCCCCUCGUGGACGUGCCUGUGCAGGGCGGCGUGUGGAGACUCAAGUGGCACCCUUUCCACCACUUGCUGCUGGCAGCCUGCAUGCGCGGCGGCUUCCAGAUCCUCAACUGCCAGGAUGCCAUUGAAGGGGAGGAGAAGCAAGUGCUGACGUGUGUUUCCCACAAGAUGGCCAACUCGCUGGUGUAUGGGGCCGACUGGUCCCGGCUCCACUCCCACCACCCCCAGCCCAGCAUCGUCACGGUAGCGGAGAUGCCAGAGACCAGCCCCCCAGCCGGCACAGAGGCUUCUUCCUCCGGCGCGGGCCUGCUGCAAGCAGUCCAAGACGGCAAGAGCAGCAGGGGGCCGGCGGCGGAGGCCUCGCUCUGCGACGGCGACCACGCUCUAGGCACAGAGAGCUCCGCCAGCAGCCUCCUGGCCACCUGCUCCUAUUACGACCAUGCUCUUCACUUCUGGAAGUACGACAGUGACAAAGCGUAGGCAGCAGUUGCUAAUAAAGGAUCGAAACCCCAGA